AAGAAGAAAAUCGCACCUAACAUUGCAGCAGAAAUUUCAAAUUAUCAUUCCACUUCCUUUAAAAGGAUGUCAAUUUACGACCGGAUCUUGGCGCUGGAGUACAAGUUGGACAUGGGACACAGUAGAUGACGCAUUGAUAGUGCUGGAUAAGAAGCAUGAUUAUGGGAUCGCGACUGGAUUUAAUGUUUCUACCAUGGACUAUCAAUCAUGUUCAGUGGAGUCCCUCCGUUACUGGGCGGAAGAUAUGAACUGGACGGAGGCGUCAUAUUUUUUCAGUUAUUCCAAACCAGUGAUGUUUAAAUUGAAUAAUAUGUGGCAUCUUUCAUGGGUGAGUGAUGUUUUUGUCGAAGUCUCUGAGAUUUCCAUAACAAAUUCAGAAUCAUGUCUGUUUGUGAUUUUGUUACAGAAAUGUUUCCUGGUUUGUCCUCCUUCGGGGAACAUGGCCAGGAAACAAUGUUUCCUGGUUUGUCCACCUUCGGGAAACAUGGCUAGGAAACAAUGUUUCCUGGUUUGCCCACCUUCGGGAGACCUGACUAGGAAACAAUGUUUGCUGGUUUGCCCACCUUUGGGAAACAUGGCUAGGAAACAAUGUCUCCUGGUUUGUCCACCUUUGAGAAACACGGCUAGGAAACAAUGUUUACUGGUUUGCCCACCUUUGGGAAACAUGGCUAGGAAACAAUGUUUCCUGGGAAACAAUGUUUCCUGGUUUGCUCACCUUUGGGAAAUAUGACUAGGAAACAAUGUCUCCGUUUUUGCCUACUUUGGAAAACCUCAAAUGUGACCAUGCAUGUUUUAUAGGGCCUAACUAGACUAACUAUUCUGUUUUUCUAGAAUGUUAAAAAUCUUGAGAAGAACGUAAGCAAGAGCUUCAAUGGAAAAAUUUUGAAGUUUCAAAUUGAGUGUGAAAAACCUGGCCCUCCUCAAAACGAAGACGAGGAAUUGGAAAUUACGUCAUGUUUCCCUGUUAAAGUAACUGGCGAAUUCAAUGGUAUAAUUAUAAAAUAACAUGUAUAUAACGCGUGCUCUGAUUGGUCGAAACCCGUGUUUGGAUCAAGCCAUCCAAACCCAGAAAUUUAAAGUGAAAUUUUAACACGGAAAGUUGUUAUUUUAUAAAACAAUUACUUUAUGGUUUCCGUGUUUGGAUGGCCUGAUCCAAACACUUGAGAAUGUUGCUCGAGUUAAGAAAACUGCGCAAAAUCACUCGCCUUCGGCUCGUGUUUUGUGCGCUUUUCUUAACUCUCGCAACAUUCCCGCGUGUUUGGAUCAGGCCGUCCAAACACGGAAACUAUAAAGUAAUUGUAUAAUAUGCGGCAGGCAGAUUAUCAGUCAAAGUGUAGCAUGUGUCUGACGGAUCAUUCUUCUUCUUAGGCUACGUUGUCACUGUACCUUUUAGCAACGCUAUUUUCAGAGGAAUUAUUGCAACAGAGAGAUGUUAUUUCACUCAGCUUCUGAAAGUUGUACAUUCAGUCCCUGACAGAUAGCUGCUUUUUCGCGCCGGAAUAGUGUAAACGUAGCCUACUGGGUUAACACAAGAUGAACGAUACAGGCAAAAUAGCUAAAAUAAAACUAUAUUGAUAAUGAUUCUCAUGAGAAGGGGAGGGGGGGGGGGCAAACACCCAGGACUGGAGUUUGCAAGGGUUGAACCAAAAUUCUUGUAUCUUUUGCAGUUACUUCGAAGUACUGGGAUUCACAGAACACAACAGGCGUUAAUACAGAAGCUCGGACAACAUCAAAAUCCAAUCAAGAUGCAUUACUGCUCUCCUUACUUAUUCCGCUCAGUUUGGUUGUGCUAAUAGCUGGUGUUCUUAUUGUUGUAUGUUAUAUCAGACGUAUGGCAUGUUUUGCAGAAAGGCAAGAUCCACAUCAUGUUGUACUGGAUGACGAUGUCGUACAAAAGAAGUUGAUUAAAAAUCCAGCCGAUGAAAGUACUGUGUAG